AUAAUUUUUCAUCAGAUUUUCACACAAUAAGUUCAACACAAGCAAUGCUUCUUCCUAUUGGUGCCUCAUGCUCCUUGUUAUUUAUGUUUUUCUUUUUUGAAAAAUUCCAGUCAAUAUUUGCCUUCUGUACAGUUGUUUUAGGGACAAUUGCUUUUUCUUUUCUUCUGCUGCCUUUAUGUCAAUAUGUUUUACGGCCAAUUGGAAAUCCAAACUGCAAAAUAUCAUUUGGGUCAUGUGGACGUUUUACUCAGGCAGAACUACUAUCUCUAUUCUGUUCAUUAUCUCUUGUUAUGGUUUGGAUGAUGACUGGUCAUUGGAUAUUAAUGGAUGCCUUAGCAAUGGGAUUGUGCAUAUCAAUGAUAGCAUAUUUACGACUUCCAAGUUUGAAAGUGUCAAUUCUACUUUUGCUUGGUCUGGUAGUUUAUGAUGUAUUUUGGGUUUAUUUCUCAGUGUAUAUAUUUAAAGAUAAUGUCAUGGUGAAGGUGGCUACACAGCCAGCUGAUAACCCAAUGUCAUUUGUAGCUGACAAAAUAGGAUCAACAACCUAUGAAGAAGUUCCUCAAUCUAAGCAUCUUUCUUUGCCAGGAAAAUUGGUAUUUCCAAGUUACAGUGAUAGAGGAAGAAUGUCAAUGCUAGGACUUGGAGAUAUUGUCAUGCCUGGGCUUCUCUUAUCAUUUGUUUUACGUUUUGACAAUCAUAAACGUCAGACUUUAACAAAUUCAAUUGAAGAGUCCAAGAUUAAGUAUUUUCAUUGUUCACUGAUAGGAUAUUUUGUAGGUUUACUAACAGCAACAAUAGUGUCUGAAGUCUAUAAAUCAGCCCAACCUGCAUUACUGUUCCUUGUUCCUUCCACUCUGCUUCCUCUUCUUGUCAUUGGAUAUUUAAAUGGUGACUUGAAAGAGAUGUGGUCUAAUCCAUUUGGAAAUAUAACAACUAAAUUAAAACAGAUAGAGAUUUGAGGGUAUCUGAUAAACUUGCAUUAGUGAGAUGCCUAGAUAACCUGGUCAGAAUUACAAGUCUUUGGAAAUGAAGGUUUUUGCAUCUCAGAAAACAUAGGCCAGGAGAUGAAAGGAAAGCAAUCUAAAUGAUGUUCUUGGGAAGAUCUUUGUGGAGUGUGAGAAGAAACAGAUUUUCUCGUACUCAAUAUAUCCUUCUUUUAGUUGGACUAUGGUGCUUUAACAGGUCGUUUUAAUUUAAGUUUGCUCAGUUAAAUACAAGAAAAGUGUCAGGGCAGUAAGUGUAUGCUUCCUGGACAACUGAACAAUUAUUGACAGCAAUUUGACUUCAAAAAACAUGUUCAUAUCACUAAACAUAAUGUAUAUACAAUUUUAUUGUGCAGUGUAAAAUGUGUAACAAGUAAUUAUGUGGCAACUUUCAAAUUACAGUAAAGGUUA